AUGGAAAGAAAGAGACCACUAUUUCGCUUCUUUGUUGGACCGCUGGUGCGAACACAGUGGUCGGGGUGGCUGGUGGUUUCGGGAUCCCGUAGAAAUGCUUCUUUUAUGCCUCGGGUAUUAGCCACAGCUCGUAUUCAUUCAGUCAUUUUACCUUUUCUUCAUUCUUGGACCUCGUUUCUGAAUAUUGUGACUUUUCCAUGCUGUGUCUCAGGAACCUUUUCAAUACGGUCCGGAUUGCUAGCUCCCGUUCAUAGUUUUGCUACAGAUGAUACACGAGGAAUCUUUUUAUGGCGGUUCUUCCUUCUAAUGACCGGCAUAUCAAUGAUUCUUUUCUCCCAGAUGAAGCAGCAGGCAUCCGUCCGUAGAACCUAUAAAAAAUAGAUGGUUGUGGCGCGAAGUACUCUUGUGCACCUACGUCACUCGGCUCGCGCGCAACCCCGCCCCGUUAUGUUAUGGAAGAAUUGAACUUAUUGUAGGGCUGGUUAUUCAGAGCCAGCAAUUGGCUGCCGAAUUUCGUCCUGUAACUAGAAGAAGAUC